UAACAAAUCCAAAGCCCUGGAAAAACGAAUCCGCUUCCUGGCCGACCACUUUACCUACAGUUUGUACUGCAACGUCUGUCGGUCAUUGUUUGAGAAAGACAAGCUAGUUUUCUCAUUCAUUUUAUGUUCAAAUAUUUUAAGAGCCAAAAAUGAAAUGGAGCAGUCUGAAUUCAUCUUUUUUCUCACUGGAGGUGUUGGACUGGAGAACAAAAUAGCAAACCCUGCUGCCAAGUGGUUGAGUGACUCGUCCUGGGAUGAGCUGUGCCGCCUGAGUGACCUGAAAGCUUUUAAAGGACUGAGUCAACACUUUGCUGACAAUGUGGACAACUGGGAGAAUUAUUACACAUCUAAGGAGCCACAUAAAACUGCCAUGACUGAACCCUGGGAGGGCAGACUGUCCAUGUUCCAGAAGAUGAUGGUUCAACGCUGUCUGCGACCUGACAAG